AUGGAUCAGGUGUGGACAUUCCAAGAACAUCUCAACGCCGUCUUCCCGGACAUUCAAUUUACGAUGGAGGAGGAAGAGAACAACCAACUGGCCUUCCUGGAUGUCCUCGUAUGCCGCAAGGAUAGUGGUGGACUAAAGACCAAAGUGUUCAGGAAAGCGACAAAUACGAUGCAAGUACUGAACUUCAACAGUAACCAGCCAAUCAGCCACAAACGCAGUUGUGUAAGGACGCUCUAUCGGCGUGUCGAAACGCACUGCAGUGAGCCCGAAGACAAAAUUGCUGAACUACAAUACCUCGGACGGGUCUUCAAAGCCAAUGGCUACCCGCGCAACUUCGUCGACCGGUGCAUACGCAAAAGGGACGAAAGGCCUAACCGCACGGACACCAAGUCUUGGCGGGCACUUCCGUAUGUCAAGAACGUUUCGGAAGCUGUCGGCCGCCUUCUCGCACCACUUGGGGUUGGAGUUGCACACAGACCGGAGGCAACCAUCAGGCGUCUGGUCAUGAAACCGAAAGACCCACUGUCACGGCUAGAAACGUCUGGAGUCGUUUAUCGGAUCUGGUGCAGUUGCGGACAAAGCAACUGCGUCGGAGAAACCGGAAGACAGCUCCGAACGAGAAUGGCCGAACACGCGGCAGCGGUGCGCAGAAAUGACGCCAGCUCUCAAGUUGCAGCUCAUUCGACGAGAUCCGGCCACACAUUCAAAUUCGAUGAGGCCGAAAUUCUCGCAAGAGGUGACAACCAAGUGAGCCGGGAGCUAUUGGAAUCAUGGAUUACUGGCCCCCAGUCCAUCAACAAGUGCAACGAUCUUCCCAUUCAAUACAGCGUGCUGAGACUUCGUCUAGGCGGAGUAAUUGGCCACGCGGGGAGCGCACUGGUGAACACUCUUCCCAACACCCGGGUCAACGCGUCAGAUGGUCGAGCAAUCAUCACGCCAACAUCCAACGCACGUGAUGAAAUUGCAGCAAUUAUCGACUCGAAUGUCGGCCAUCAAGCAAUGAUCACACCAAGUGUGACAAUCCCGGAUGAAGAGGGGAGCCGUGAACGUUCAUAG